AUGAAGACAAUCACAACAUUCUUGCCUCUCUUGACCAUCUUUUGCAUUAUCCUAGGAAAUCACAAAACUGUUGCAUUUGAUAAAAACCUCAAAGGGAACGAACUAAUCAACGUAGUAUGUAGCGAGUCACAAACAAAGGAUCUAUGUCUUAAGGUACUUACCUCGGACCCAUCAUGUCCUCAAGCAAGCCUACAAGACCUAGUCUUGAUAUCUCUUAAGGUCGCGGCCGCGAAUGCGUCCGGCAUCCUAACAGAAUGCAAGACGCUUAUCGACGACCCAAAUUUUGACCCAGCAUUCCAACAAGGUCUCGCUGAUUGCAAGGAGACCUUGUUGGAUGCCGAGGGUCAACUUGAGGACACCAUUGCUGCCACAUUGGCAAACAAAGAACAUGAUGCUCAAGUUUGGCUUCAAGCAGCAUUGGCAGCCAUUGAUACUUGUGAUGCUUCAAUUCCUGGUGAUGAUGAUAUUUUGUCCCAACAAAGUAGAGCUUUUCGCCAUCUUUGCAACCUUGCCAUUUCUCUUAGCAAGGCCUUGGAUUCUUCUUCUAAGAUGAAGCCUAAAUAAUUCUAAUUUAACCAACACCACCAUUACUACUACUACUAUAGCAUCUCUUUGGAGAUUUUUGCUACCUUAUUAUUAUUAUUAUGGUUGAAUUUCUAUAUCUUAUUACUCAUAAAUUUUGUUAUAAAGAGAGAUGAUUUUUAUGUAUCAU